AUGCGGUUCUCCCUCGCUCUUUUGGCAAUUCGCCUCUCCCUCGCUGCUCCUGCGCCGCAGCAGUCACCACCAGUGCCCGCUGGAGACGGGAAAAACUAUAUCGUUACACUGAAGCCUGGAAACUCCGUCGAAGGGGUCAGCUUCGAUAUAGUCAAUCCUCUUUACACCUACAACUUUGAAAAGUUCCAAGGAAUUGUAGCGCCAUUGACUGCUGAUGAAGCAGCAAAGAUAUCCGCAGACCCUCGAGUUGCCAGUGUUCACCUCGGGGGUGAGGUCGAGGAUCCGUUUGUCGGCAUACCCCUGGUGGUGCCUGAAUCUAAGGAGAACCGGGAAUUUCGCGAAAGCGUUUCUUCUCAAGUCUCCUCUGGAGAGAUUGGUUUAGCACCCAUCGUGCAGGUCGACGCUCCUUGGGGCCUUGCUCGAAUCAGUAGUAGAGAAACUGGCGGUACUGAUUACACUUACGAUUCCUCUGGCGGGGAGGGAACAUGCACAUAUAUUGUUGAUUCCGGUAUUCAGGCAAGUCACGAAGACUUUGGCGGCAGAGCCACAUUGCUUGCCGAUAUCUCUCCCGAGCCUGGCAGUGGCGGAGUAGAUACACAGGGCCACGGUACCCAUUGCGCUGGUACUACUGGUGGCACCGUCUACGGUGUUGCGAAAGAGACUCGCAUUUUCGGUAUCAAGUUCUGCUAUGAACUUGGUUGUCCAGGAGCUUCUUUACCGGCUGGCAUUCAGGAGGCCAUCAACCAUUAUCAAGCCAAUCGAGAUUCACUCUGUCGGAAUGGAGGUGUCGUCAGUUUGUCCCUCGGCAUUUCCAAUUACGGCUGGGAGGAAGAAUACGGAUACAAUAAUCCCGAGUUCGAUGCAGUCAAUGCCGCUGUAGAGCAAGGCUACAAUGCUGGAUUAUUCAUUGCCGCCGCUGCAGGUAAUGCGAACCUUUCCGCGGAGUACUUCGGUCCAGCCGCAUCACCGUACGCAUGCACGGUGUCAGCAUCGGAUAUUCAAGAUGUGAGGCCAGUUUGGGCGAACUGGGGUCCACCCGUCGAUGUUUUCGCGCCUGGUGUCCAGGUUUUGUCUACUUGGAUUGGGCCCAAUAAUAACGAAACCGCAAUUUUCGAUGGAACAUCAAUGGCCACUCCUCACAUCGCCGGUUUGGCCGCGUAUCUCCUUGGGAUAACCCCUGGGUUGGCUCCAGGAGCACUUUGUGAAAGGAUCAAGUCGCUUGCGACAAAGGAUGUUGUCGAAUUGGGCGAUAUUGACCGAUUUCCCACCACAAGGGAUGUCGCUUACAAUGGAUUGGAGCAAGAAUAGAGAGAUAUGAAUACCAUAGACAGCCAUUCCCAUCCACAUCCGUUUUCAUUUCCAAUAAAAACGAAGUCAACGGCAG